AUGAUCAACCCGGGAAACGGAGCAUUGUGCAUUUCGAUUGUCGGAAAAGAGAACGCUCGUUUAUGGUCUGGAUUGUCGGAUGACGCGAGCCGGGUCGUUUGUGAAGUCGAGCUCUUCGCCCACGUUUCACUCGAUAUCGUCGAUGAAAGAGCGACAAAGGCCACCGAGAACUAUUUGGGACAAGUCUACAGCGAUCAUUUGUACAAGUGUUUUGCUUACGUGAGCAGUACUGGAGUGAAAUUUGUUCUAGUUACCGAUUCAAAAUCACAAGGAUUACGGGACAGUGAAAUGAGGGCGAUCUUCAAGAAACUCCAUCACGCCUACUGCAAUGCAAUCAGCAAUCCGUUUUACGUGGUUGGACAGCCAAUUAAAUCGAAACAUCUCACCGAGGCGGCCAAACAAAUCUUCGCACAA